AUGAGACCAUCAGCAGUUCAGAUGGUUUGUUUGGCCUUUGGGGCCGUCGGGUUAAUUGGGGCCAUCAGGUGUUGCACCCUCCCUCAGUGGGUGGUUUGGGUCUACAGGAGUGAAAACAGGACUUCAAAGGAACAUCAAAGGGGUCUGUGGAUGGACUGUGAGAAGCAGAGCACCAGACGGCUGGAGUGCAAACUGCAUGACUCCAUGGUGGCGCCACCCCCUCUACUUCAGGCCUUCAGGGCCAUGACCGUCAUCAGCUGCAUCCUCUGUGGGCUCAGCCUCCUCAUCCUGUUCUUUGGUGCCGACUUCACCACAUGUGUUCAGAACCAAGACACCAAGCACAGAACCAUCCUGGUGGCCAAGGUGGGCCUGCUGCUGGCCGGCCUGCUGGUGAUCAUCCCUGUCAGCUGGGUGGCGCAUACGCCAUACGCCUUGAUGGUGAGAGACACGCCAGUGAGGUUCAUGAAAGGAGCUAGCAUUUCUGUUGGCUGGGCAGCUGGUGUGCUGAUGAUCCUGGCUGGAGUUCUGCUCUACUGCUUCAGCAGACCCAGAUCCAGCAGCUCUGGAGGAACCGCCAAGUUCUACAGCAACAAAGCUUUGUGAGUCGUUUCUUUU